GCCAUCUUGUUUUUCGAUUUUAAAAUUGGCGCCUAAUUCAGGCUCCACUUGUUAAAACCUUUCAGUUCUUAAUUGUGUUGGUCGUUUACAAAUGAUUCUGAAGAAAAUGAAGACCGUCGUUGCGAUCGCAGUGCUUGCCACAGUUUAUGUGGCCAUCGCGUCUGCAGAAUUAGAUAACUUGUCUGAGCACUUUGACAAACCACUUGUGCCGUACCCUCGUCUUCAAAGGGAAGCACUGCCCGAGCCCUCUCGUCCCAGACCUCAACAGGUUCCUCCUCCGCAGCCUCACCCACGUCUUCGAAGGGAAGCACUGCCUGAUCCUACUUGUCCUACGAUGAAAAAGGUUACCACUUUGCCACCUCUUCCUCGUUUCCAAAGAGAAGCAUUGCCCGAGCCCUCUCGUCCCAGGCCUCAACAAGUUCCUCCUCCGCGACCUCACCCGCGUCUUCGUCGUGAGCCUGCAGUCGAACCAGAGUCCAAGUUAAUAACGGAUCCUCCACAAGCUCGUCCUCAAGUAUCGCUCGAUCAUCAGAAAGCAAGACCCAGGCCUCUGGUUCUGCCAACCGAGCCACCACAAAUUUAACAGUUUAACAAGAUUAUACAGUGACUUAUGAGUGUACAGAUUAAUUAUUACGUAUGCGAGUGUGUAUAUUUGGCGCGAAACUCUCCCGAGUUUCCUGAUUAAGAAUUAUUAAUUAAAAUAACACCAAAAUUACAUAGCUACAUUUAAUGCGCAUACUAAUGCACUUAUCGAUACUCUGAUACCAUGAAUAGACAAAAGUAUAUUUUUAUAGUAA